GUUGAGAAGUUGCAGGAGAUGGGCAUCAACAUGGCCGACAUCAACAAGCUGAAGGGCGCCGGCUACGCGACCGUCAUGAGUGUCAUCCAGAGCACCAGCAAGGAACUGACGCAGAUCAAGGGACUCAGCGACGCCAAAGUCGACAAGGCACGCAUGCAACACACCCACAUCCACACACCUCUCUGGCCAUCCAUCCAUCCAUCUAUCCAUCCCACAACUCUUGUGUGUGUGUGUGUGUGGAUGUGAAGAUUCUGGAGGCGGCCCGCAAGUUGGAGGCGUGCAAUGCGUUCAUGAGCGGGUCGGUCCUGAUGACGAAGCGCAACCGAAUCCUCGAGAUGACGACGGGCUCCAACAACCUCGACAAGCUGCUGGGCGGAGGCAUCGAGAGCAUGUGCAUCACAGAGCUCUUCGGAGAAAACAGAACCGGCAAGACACAGGUGAGUGACAUGAAUGACAAGGGAGAGAGAGAGGCCACGCCACGACCUGCACCGAUGAAUGUGUAUGGGCGUGUGUGUCUUUGCAGGUGUGUCAUACGUUGUGUGUGACGGCUCAGCUGCCUCAGAACAUGAAGGGCGGCAACGGCAAGGUGAAGACACACACACACCUACACACACACACACACACACACUCCUCUCCCUCUGUAUCUCCCUGCAAUUGGUGUGUGUGUGUGUGUGCAGGUUGAGGUGUGCAAUAUACAUAUGUGGCCUCGCCGGCUUUUUUCUUUUGGCGCUUCCUGGUGUGGUCCGUGUUGCGGCUACAUCUUUGUCGAUACCCAGACUGACACAUCUUUCGAAUGAAUGACUGAUUGACUGGUUCGGGCCAAUCUUCUUGGCGUGUCUCCCUUGAUGCCUCCACGCAUUCACACAGUCGGUCAUUCACACCAACUGAUCUCAUGACUUGUUUUUGUCGCACACAUGACCACAAAGGUGCACUCUGGCCGGCCGUAAUUAAUGAUCUGCGUCGGUGUGUCUGUCUGUGAGUUGGACAUUACGUUGCCAUAGGCGCCAACUGACCUGCACUUACAAGGCUGGCCUUCCGACCGCACGGCCAGCUUUGGCGCACAAGUCGCGCCUAUUGUGCCAACCAAUGAGCAGGUGUAUGAGUGUCUGAUUUCGAGGACAAACCACACGUACGUGUGUGUGAG